AUGAGAAACCCUUAUGAGCCGAACAGUGCCCCUGCACCAGAGCGGUGCAAGCCACUUUCCACAGAGUUCGCAGCUCUUACAGUGAACGAGUGCCCUGACUGCGGGCCUCCCCCAGUCAUCGUUGAGGGGAAGGCGCCCUGCCAGAGCCGCCAUAAGCAGCUGGAAUACAGGAGCCGCGUGUAUCUGAUGGACCAGAGCCCGCCUGCAGAUGGUUCGAAUUUCCUGGAAGCUCCAUCGCCUGCCCCUGGGAGGUCUUCGUCGCACUCUUCUUCCCGAACUCGAUCUCUCUCUGUCUCGCCUCCUGUAGAUCGCCACCCCCACAGAGCGGGCCGCAGACUGAGGGCUUUAGGUGGUGCAGGCCACGGGGCGCGGGCGCGUUCUUUGUCGCCGGAGCCUGUGGGCCGCGUGCACUACAGGACAAGUACAACUCAGGAAGGUCACCAUGCAACCCGCAGCCACACAGCCCGUGGCCAGGACUUGGGAACACAUUCGAAGCCAAGACGGACUGGGAGGACACGGGAGUAG